GUCAGAAGCCUCAGAUUUCAGAACUUUACUGGCAAACUCCACAUGCCACCCACCAUUACUACACUUUUACAGAUUGCUGGUAGCCUGGUACAUCUACAUUUACUCUCUCUCUCUCUCUCUCUCGCCUCAACCCUUCCUGAGUUCAGUAAGGUAACAAGGGACCGAAACCCUAAUCGUGGACUCAAUUCUCUGGGCUUCUGCUCAAGUAAGCAUGAAAACACAGCAUCCAAAGCUCAAAACCCCAACCCGACCACUCUUCUCCUGUGGUUUCUUCCGAUACUGUACUCAAACCGUACUUAGCCCCACCACCCCUAUUACCCCCACCCUACCACCACCUCUUCCGCAACUGCCGCCGGCAACUGAUACCUUACCAUCACGGCCGCAUCCAGAAUCCGAGUCAUCAUCGUCGUCUUCGUCAACUUCCCAAAGCUUCACACAGUGGCGAUUCCCAUUACCUCAAUCCCCGGUCCUGCAGCACCAACCCACUUCGCAAUUCGAGUUCUACUCCCAAAAUCCUCAGGAAUCCACUUCAUCUGACCUACCUCCUCCUCCACCGCCACUUCCGGUGCUGUCCUCCAACCUUGUGGAGCUAUUCCACAUGGCGGAGGUCCAGUUCAGCACCGGUUCCGACGGUGACAGACUCUAUGCUCUCCACUUGCUCGAACACUCUCUUGUAGCGAAGCCGACCAUGGAGGGAGGCGGAGAUCGAGCCUGCCCGCCUGCGGUAAUGAACGGUUUAGUGGGCUUUCUGAAAGAUCCCGCAGAAGCAAAAUCCGCUACGAAGGUGUUGUUGGCGCUGUGCCUGGCGGAGGGGAACCGACACGUGGCAGUGGAGGCAGGGGCAGUGGCGGAGGUGGUGGAGACAGUAGCGGGGAUGGAAGGGAGUGUGGCGGAGAGGGCACUAGCGGCUUUGGACUUGCUGUGCACGUUGCCGGAGGGAGCUGCGGAGCUGAGAUCACACGCGUUGGCCGUACCGAUGCUCGUGGAGAUGAUGGGGAAGGUGGCUGGAAGAGGUAUGGAGUGCGCCAUAAGCGUCCUGGCCGUCAUAUUUGGUGGUGGUGGUGGUGGUGGUGGUGGUGAUGGAGGAGGCAACGAGGGAGUAGCAGCGGCGCAGACGGAGGAUGUGAGGCGAGCGGUAAUGGUGGCGUUGCAGGGAAAGUGUAGCGCCAGAGGGAGGAGGAAGGGGUCCCAGCUUCUUAAGUUUCUUCAGCUUCAUGAUAAUGACAAUGGACGGCUCGAUUACACUGAGGAGGGCCAGUAGGAUGGAGAUGGGUCACCUUCCUUCUCCAACGAUCGAUCACGAAGUCUGUACCCUAUAUAUUAUUUCUUUGGUUUGUAGGAGAUCGACUUGAAUGUAAUUUUGAAAGGUGAAGCCGUGAAUGUACGUUGCUCCUUUGCUGUCAAGGUCAGUGCCCUUCUCAAAUUGCAUGAGAUGAGAUGCUUUCUUCUUUCA